UAGCACCCCGUCUUCCGAAACCCGACCCAACCCCCGACGAAUUUUUAGACAAAAACCCAGACCUGAACCCCGAAGACUCUACCCCGACAAACCCCGACGCUUAGCCACAUGCGGGCAAAACCCCAACUCCAACUAUUUUUUAGCAAAAACGCCGUCUCGAACCCCGAAGGAUCCACGGCAAACCCCAAUCCCUGACGAUCCCGCACACAUAGGCUCAGGGUUCUACCCUUAUUUCAAAUAUAAUUAUUUUUCAAAUUUAGCAUUAAUGUCCCUAGUCGUAAUUCAUCAUGGAAGUGAUUUAUUAUUGGCAACUAAACAUUUGGAUAUAGGGAUCACACAAGUUAAACUGAGUAACCACGAUUUGUCAAUUAUGGGCGAAGAUGAAUUGGUCAAACAAAAUAGAAAAAAUCAAGAAAAUUUGUUCGAAUUAAAAAAUAAUUUGAGAAGACUUAGAUUGAAUAGAGAAUUGAAAGGGAUAAAAUGGGAAGAGUCUAAAUUUAAAAUUGAACUGAAAGGAUCAGGAAAUGAGUUUGAUAAUACACUAAAAGAGGAAUUUAUUGAAUUAAAAUUCGAUGAAAUUUUAAACAAAAUUUAUUUGAAGCAAGUAGACUUGAACGAGCAAAGAUUUAAAAUUAAACCAGAUGAAGGUACAUUGAAGAUAAAAAAUGAAGAGGAAUUGAAACAAGUUCUAGACAAGAUUGAGAUAAUUAAGGAGAAAGAGAAGAUGAUGGUAGAAUUGAAGAAAAUUAAUUUUGAAGAGGAUGAAGAGAGAGAAAAAGGGUUUUUGAAGAAACUGGAAGGUGAGUUAGAGGGAAUAAAGGAUGAAGAAGAUAAUAAGAUAAAACGAUUGGAGGGGGAAAAAGAGGUGAAGGGGAAAGAAGUUAGAAAUAAAAAGGAAGAAUUGACAAAAAAUUUUAAAAAAGAAGUUGAAAAUAUGAAGGAAGGAUAUAAUAAAGAAAUGGGAAGGAUCAAAGAGGAAAUGAAGUUGAAGGAGAGAGAGAUGAAGAAGUUUGGGGAGAUGGAAGAUAAGAGUAAAAAUGAGAAGGAUAAGAAGAAGGUAUUGGACAAAGAGAUGGAUUCUGAGGUUAAAAUGAAGGAUUCGGAGGUUAAAAUGAAUGAUUUGGAGGUUAAAAUGAAGGAUUCGGAGGUUAAAAUGAAGGAUUCGGAGGUUAAAAUGAAGGAUUCAGAGGUUAAAGAGAAGGAUUCGGAAGUUAAAAUGAAUGAUUUGGAGGUUAAAAUGAAGGAUUCGGAGGUUAAAAUGAAGGAUUCGGAGGUUAAAAUGAAGGAUUCAGAGGUUAAAGAGAAGGAUUCGGAAGUUAAAAUGAAGGAUUUGGAGGUUAAAAUGAAGGAUUCGGAGGUUAAAAUGAAGGAGCUUGAAGAUAGGAAGGAUAACCUGAAGAAACUACAUGAGGAAGAAUUUAAAGAGAAAGAUGCUAAAUAUUCUAAAGAUUUGAAGAAAUUGGACGAUGAAUUGAAAAAUUUUGUGGAUGAGAAAUUAAAAGAGAAAUUGAAGAAUAUUCGAUCAAGAAAAAAUUAUCAUUUAAAAAUGAAGUAUAUCUGUGAAAUGAAAAUUGAAAUUAAAGAAGAAUUCAGAAGAAUUAAGGAAGAGAAAAUUGAAAAAGAAGAGGAGGAAGAAAAUAUGCGAAAAAUACAAAAAGAAAUUGAAAAAGGAAUAAAAGAAGAGGGAAAACUGAAGGAAGAAAUAGAUAAAUUGUCUGUUGAAGCAGAUAAGAUUUUAAGAGAUUUGGGAAGAUUUAAGCUAAUUGAAAAUGAUAAUGGCAUUUUUUCAUUUUUCAAUUAUGCAACGUCAAAUAAAUUUAAUUCCAAUUGCUAUGGAGAAACAGAAAAGGAAUAUGAAAUGGAGGUGAAAUUGGGAAGUUUGGAAUAUGAACAUAAAGGUAAAUUAAAGGAGAAGCAUGAAUUAGAGCCCGGACCGUACCGUACUACGGCCGUAUUUUUCGGUAUUUAUCGGUAUUCCGUAUCGGUAGUACGGCACGGAAUACGGUACGGUAAAAUUUUGAAGUUUAUCGGUAUUUAUCGGUAUCGGUAUUUUUCGGUAUUCCGUAUCGGUAAUACGGUACGGAAAAACUAA